UCUCCCAGUCUCCGAGAGCUGCCCUGCGAGGCUGCCGAGUGCAUCCACCCCACAGAGCCCAGGGAACGUCAGCCCCGGGCCCUGAGGCUUCUCUGCAAGGAUGGGGAAAGAAACCCAAAAGCCAAAUUCUUCAAGCCAUGAAGAAACACUGAACAUCUGCAGUGAUCCAGAGAAAGAGUCCAAAUGUGUUCUCGGUGUCAGACGCCAGUUCUCUGAGCUGGAAUUCUCCCACGUGUGCCCAGACACCUGGCCUGGUUUCCAAGGAAAAUGCUAUUAUUUUUCUGAGGCUGAGGGCAACUGGACCACGGGCCGGGAAAACUGUGAGGCCCUGGGAGCUUCACUGGCCACCAUAAGCACGAGGGAGGAACUGGCCUUCCUUCUGCGCUAUAAAGGCGAAGCAAACCACUGGAUCGGGCUGGGAAUGAGGGAUAAGGGCUGGGAGUGGAUCAAUGGCACGGCCUUGAACGGCAGGUUUGAGGUGAGGGGUGUGGGGCCCUGCGGGUACCUCGAUGACUGGUGGAUCAGCUCGUCCCUGUGCCACACGGAGAAGAACUGGAUCUGCAGCCUCCCCGACGACUAUGAACUCUGGAAGGGGAAAAUAGGAGACCCCAAACCAAGACUUUCAGCCUAAAUGUCUGACCAGAUGAAAGAGCUUCACCCCAGCACUGCAACUGAAAUUUUCGGGGUGAAUACAAAAAAUCAGGUAAAUGGAACUGGUGCUAUCCCCCAUCCUUUGGACCUUUUGAGCAGCACAAGUGUGGUUUGCACCACAGAAAACUUGCUCAAAAGGUUCGCACAAAUGCAACUGGUAUUUAUACAA